AUGCUUUACCAGAGAGAGAUUCAAGAACGUUUAGGUAAUGAGAAGAGAGUGCAAUCUAAUUCAUUGUCAUCAUCUGAUACUUUUUACGAAUUCAAAAUUGGUGACUUCGUUGAUCGUUUAGAAGAAUAUUCAGAUUUAUGUCGACUUAGAAUAAAAUUUGCAUCAAAAGCUACGAAUGUAACACUGAAGUUAUGGAAUAUGUAUAAACGUUAA